CCACUUCAUCUUGAAGUCCCAAUUGAAAACGUUCAUUCAGGUCAGGUACGUAAAGUCCUGUCUCAGACCUCUUGUCCUUGUUCUAACUCCGGUAGUUCAAAUCAAGACAACAUGGUCAACACUGCUGUCAAUUGGUUGCUGGUCAUGGUGGCUCUUGCCACGGCCGAGACUUUGACCGGGUACACGCCAAAUUGUGGGAUGGUUCAGGUGGGUCAGACCAUAGUCUUACGAGAUGGACGAAUCGGAAAAGUCACUCACCAGGCUUGCCAGGCUUCCGCCAGGUGCGCUUUCUCAUCUGACGGGACCGAAUGGUGUUCAGGAUGGAAAGAGUCAAAUCAAAUGACCUACAUCAAAUGCAUCCACUCCGCUACUGGACCUGGUAUGCCUGAAUGCAGUUGCUCUUGCAACUAUUAGCGGUUCUGACAGCUGCAGCUGCAAUCUAGUUAAACUCACUUGUGGCUAGAAAGAAAUGUCGAUGCUUUCACGUAGUUCAAUCGUUACUAUCAACGAGAGUCAACCAUGAGAUGAGCUUGGUAGUCUGGUGUUUCAUAUCUGCAGCUGGGUAGUGUCGGUGAGUGGAAGUGCAAACACGACUGAAGGUCAAAUACUCCUUUGCCGCCGAUUUGCCACUCCAUUUGUCUUUGGCCUGAUCUUCUAUGGCCUGAGUUCUGGUCCGCCUUGG